GAGAGAGAGUUCAGAAAUCUACUCCUCACAUGAAUGCAUUCAGUUAGUAGAGAUCAGUCCGCAAACAUGCUCUGGAAACUAGUAGAAAAUGUCAAGUAUGAAGAUAUUUACGAGACGGUCUCCCAGAUGUUAGUCCAUACGUAUUCAGCUACGGACCGGCACGAUGGAGUUCCGAGCCACAGUUCCAGGCUGUCCCAGUUGGGCUCGGUUUCACAGGGACCGUAUUCCAGCGCACCGCCGCUCUCUCACACCCCAUCGUCGGACUUCCAGCCACCGUACUUUCCUCCGCCGUAUCAACCGCUUCCUUACCACCAGAGCCAGGACCCGUACUCCCACGUUAAUGACCCUUACUCCUUGAACCCUCUGCAUCAACCCCAACAACACCCCUGGGGGCAGAGACAGCGACAAGAUGUUGGAAGUGAGACUGGUUCUUUGCUGCCCCAGCCUCGGGCCUCUUUACCCCAGCUCUCUGGACUCGACCCGAGGCGGGACUAUGCCUCUGUAAGGCGGCCAGAUGUGCUGCUACACUCGGCCCACCACGGGCUCGACUCUGGAAUGGGAGACAGUCUGUCACUGCAUGGCCUCGCGCACGGAAUGGAAGACGUGCAGGCCAUUGAAGACGCAAACAACAGUGGGAUGAAUUUACUGGAUCAAUCGGUCAUCAAAAAAGUUCCAGUCCCUCACAAAAGCGUGGCCUCUCUAAUGAUGAGCAAGGACGGCCUAAUCGGCGGGGUUAGCGUAAACGUGAACGAGGUCUUCUGCUCCGUACCGGGCCGUUUGUCCCUGCUCAGCUCCACGUCCAAAUACAAAGUGACGGUGGGCGAGGUUCAGCGGCGUCUUUCUCCACCAGAAUGUCUCAACGCCUCGUUGUUGGGGGGCGUUCUCAGGAGAGCGAAAUCCAAAAAUGGAGGCAGAUCGCUGAGAGAAAAACUGGAAAAAAUCGGUUUGAAUUUACCGGCCGGUAGGCGCAAAGCCGCAAAUGUCACCCUACUGACAUCUCUUGUAGAAGGUGAAGCGGUACAUUUAGCCAGAGACUUUGGCUACAUCUGUGAAACUGAGUUUCCAACCAAGGCUGUGUCUGAGUACCUUAACAGGCAGCACACAGACCCCAACGAGCUCCAUUCACGAAAAAACAUGCUACUGGCAACAAAGCAACUCUGCAAGGAAUUCACAGACCUCUUGGCGCAGGACAGAACACCCCUGGGUAACAGUAGGCCCACCCCCAUCCUGGAGCCUGGCAUCCAGAGCUGCCUGUCCCAUUUCAGCUUCAUCACGCACGGCUUCGGCUCCCCCGCUAUCUGCGCCGCCCUCACCGCCCUGCAAAACUACCUGACCGAGGCCCUCAAAGGGCUGGACAAAAUGUUCUUGAACAACAACAGUUCCAGCAGGCACACGUCGGGAGACGGACCCGGUUCCAAAAGCGCGGAUAAAGAGGAAAAGCACAGGAAAUAAAAUGACAAAAACAAAAAAACCCCAACAAAAACAGAAAAACAAACAA